AUGAGUAAACACCGACCAAAAGGCAUAGAUAUUGAUCUUGGUGAGCCCCUUCCACUUCCGUACCAGGUCAAAGAGGAGGAGAAGGAACGGGAAUUACCUUCUUUUGAACCUGUUCCUGUUCGACAACGACGUUGGAGAGACGUUUCAGACCACGAAGAACCACCACAAACCACCACAAAUGUUACAAUCCCAAAGCUCCUGAGGUACUCGAAGCAAAGAGACACUCGAAAUUCCGAAGAAGAGCCGUUAGAGCUAAUACGACACCAUAUAGAUGGUAUAAGGGCAAUUAUCACCAAACAUGAUCUAAGUCUUGACACCAAAAUACUCGAUAAUUUUGACGCUCAAUUGAAGAAAGACGUUGAUAUAAUGGACGAGCUCGACAAGCUCCAGACAUUACGACAGGAAAUGACACCAGGAGUGUCUUAUCUUAAAAUUACCGUGGUAGCACUUACCAUCAUUGUGGUGAUGAUGGGAUCGUUUUUGAUGUCGGGACUCAACUACGAUUACUGUUACUACCUUUGUUGA